AAGAGAAAAAACUUAAAAUAGAGAAGAAAAAAAAAGAGCACACACACAUAGGAAAUGGCGAACAGACAAGAAGAACAACACCACCAACAAGCUCUUCUCUUUCUCUUCUACUAAUCAACACAAUCACUUCAUAAAAUCACUCUUUCACUUCUUUAUAUUCUUAGAUCUAUAAAACCCACAAAAACCCUUUUCCAGAUGAUUAAAUAAAGCAAUAUUUCCGAUCAAAGUCAUGGGCUAGGUAAUACAAACACCAUUGAUUGUUGAGAGUUGCGUUUUUUUUGGUCGAAAAGUAGAAUAUUUAACACAAAAUGAGCCAGUUAACUGUUGAAACCGGAGAUUCUUUUGCUACGCUGCUUGAACUUGCUGCAAAUAAUGACAUUGAAGGGUUCACACAAGCUGUCGAGUCUGACCCAUUUGGUGUUGAUGAAGUUGGCUUAUGGUAUGGCCGUCAAAAGGGGUCUAAACAGAUGGUUCUUGAACAUAGGACUCCUUUAAUGGUGGCAGCUAUGUAUGGAAGCAUUGAUGUUUUGAAGCUGAUUCUUUCGCAAUCAAAAGCUGAUGUGAAUCAACUGUGUGGUGUUGAUAAGACCACUGCACUUCACUGUGCUGCCUCAGGUGGAUCUGUAAAUGCCGUUGAAAUUGUUAAAAUGUUAUUGGUUGCGGGCGCUGACCCAAAUUUGAUUGAUGCGAACGGGCUUCGACCUCUGGACGUGAUUGUGGUUUCUCCAAAGCUUCCGGAUAUGAAAAAGAACCUUGAAGAGCUUCUUGGAGCCGAUAGUGAAGUUCCUGUUUUGCCCUUGGCAGAAUCAGAACUGGAACUGGAUGUGCAGCCAGAGCUGGAAGUGCAACCUGAGCUGGAACUGGAACCGGAACAGGAACAGGAAGCAGAAUCUGAUUUUGUUUGUUCGCCGAGGACUAUGACAUUCAAUGAUAGCAAAAGGGAAUAUCCUAUUGACCCGUCAUUGCCAGACAUCAAGAAUAGCAUUUACUCGACUGAUGAGUUCAGAAUGUACUCGUUUAAGGUCCGUCCAUGUUCUCGGGCCUAUUCUCAUGAUUGGACUGAAUGCCCGUUUGUUCACCCAGGUGAAAAUGCACGUAGACGUGACCCAAGAAAGUACCAUUAUAGCUGUGUCCCUUGUCCUGAUUUCAGAAAAGGGACUUGUCGAAGAGGUGACAUGUGUGAAUAUGCUCAUGGGGUUUUCGAGUGUUGGCUACAUCCAGCUCAAUACCGGACCCGUCUAUGUAAAGACGGAACAGGCUGCAACCGACGGGUCUGUUUCUUUGCUCAUACACAUGACGAGCUUCGGCCAUUAUUCGUAUCUACGGGCUCGGCAGUACCAUCACCUAGGUCAACUUCAUCUGGUCCAACUGCAAUGGAUUUUGCUGCAGCAAUGAGCUUGAUGCCAGGCCCGGGAGGCCUUUCGUCUUUUACUCCACCAAUGUCUCCAAAUGCCAAUGGGAUGUCGAAUAUGAACUGGGCUCAACCGAAUGUCCCAUCAUUGCAUUUAUCAGGAAGUAAUCUUCAAUCGAGCCGUUUAAGAUCCUCUCUUAACGCUCGAGACAUGCCAUCCGCCCAAGAUCUAGAUAUUCAGCUUUUAAAUGAGUUAUCCAGGCAACAAAGGGCGAUUCUAACCCCAACAAAACUUGAUGACAUUUUUGCAGCCGAAAGCUCAUCUCCUAGGUUCUCUGAUCAAUCUGUUUUUUCACCAAGACAUAACUCGUCAGUUUUUAAUCAGUUUCAGCAACAGCAGAGUAUGUUAUCACCGAUUAAUACAAAUUUCUCACCAAAAAGCGGACCUUUUUCAGUUCAGUCUCCCGGCAGGAUGUCUCCCAGAAACGUGGACCGUGUUGACCCAAUUUCACCCAUGAGCUCUCGUGUUUCAAUGCUGGCCCGUGAGAACCAACAACAAUUUAGGAGUUUGAGUUCACGUGAGCUUGGGUCAAGAGUUGGUGGGAUUAUGGGCUCAGAUGUUGACCCAUGGUCAAAAUGGGGAUCGGGUAAUGAGAAAGCUGAUUGGGGUGUUGAUGCUGAUGAAUUUGGCAAGCUUCGUAGGUCUUCGUCGUUUGAAAACAGUGGGAAUAAUGGGGAGGAGCCUGAUCUGUCAUGGGUUCAAUCACUUGUGAAAGAAACACCCCAUGAGAAUAAAGAGAAGCUUGCAGCAGUUUUUGGUGGCUCAAACGGUGGUGCCGCAGGAUCUUCUAGUGAAGGCACUGCUGUUGAGAAUCCAAUCUGGCAGACUGAACAAAUCGAUCAGUCCACAUUGAGUGCGUGGAUCGAGCAAAUGCAGCUUGAUCAUCUUGUUGCACAACAGAACUAAAAAAAUCUUGGAAGGAGGUAAAUAACUAAGUUCCGGUUAUUCGCUUUGGGAUUUGAUUUUUGGGCAUUGAAGUUGGGCAGAAAAACAACAAACAACAGUUUUUCUUCCAAGAUUAUUUUUAAUUUAAUUAUCAUAAUACAAGCAGAAAAUUUAGAAACUGUAGAAGAACAAAAAAAAAAAAAAGUUGAAAGACCAUCUGGAAUAUGAUGCUUUAAAAUUGCAUAUCAUUCCAGUUUAGGAAAUUUUCUAUAUAUAAAAAAAAGCAGUAAUAUUAAUUUUUAAUGUUAUUUAUUGACAGUAAAAAUUUCCCCCUUUUUUUCCUUUUGUCUUGAGAGAUGUAAUGCAAGGUGUUUAUGUAAUCAUGUAAUAUUGCGGAUCUCAAGUGUUUUGAUCUUUUUAGAGAUUAAAAAGGUGAAGGUGAGGAUCAUGAUAACUGAUGUAGCAUAUGAUAAUUUGAAUCAAUAUAUAUUUUUCCUUUUUCAA